CUCUGCCCGAAGCCACCACGUCCGCCGCGCCCAUAUCAUCGUCCAUUGAUCAUAGACGGAUCGACGGUAAGAGACUUGGUCAGCGACGAACUGGAGUUCAACAAGAGCGUGGAUGAACAGUUCGUAUCACUAGAUCUGAACAAGGAUGAUGUUCUCUCCUGAACUGAGCUCUGAAAAGCUUUCCAAACGAUGAGGCUCAUCGAGAGCCACUUUGGGAUCGACGUGGCCACCACGGCCAAACAACUCUCCCAUCUCUACGAUUUCAUCUUCUACAAGUUCGACUACUACCAAAGCGGUACCGUCGAUCGAGAAGAGUUCAGGUUCGAGAUGAAGAAGAUCCUUCUCGCCAUAGCUGCCGGCCUUGGCUCGUCACCGAUUCAGAUGGUUCUCGAGGACGACGAUUCGACGUUCCUCAAGCAAGCUGCGGAUCUUGAAGCUUCGAAGUUAGAAGAAGAAGAAGGGGCACUUAAUGGCGACAGCAGUGGCAGCAGCCAUACGUAUAAUUUCAUUGACCUAAAGGAAGCAACAUCAAUUAGGAACAUGAAAUAUGAAGAAGAAGAAGGAAGCAACAUCAAUUAG